AUGCAACAUCUGACAACAGUGCAACAUCUGACAACAGUGCAACAUCUGACGACAGUGCCACAGCUGAUAACAGUGCUACAUCUGAUAACAGUGCUACAUCUGAUAACAGUGCAACAUCUGACAACAGUGCAACAUCUGACAACAAUGCUACAUCUGAUAACAGUGCAACAUCUGACAACAGUGCUACAUCUGACAACAGUGCAACAUCUGACAACAGUGCAACAUCUGACAACAGUGCAACAGCUGAUAACAGUGCAACAUCUGACAACAGUGCUACAUCUGACAAACAGUGCAACAUCUGAUAACAGUGCAACAUCUGACAACACUACAACAUUUGAUAACAGUGCUACAUCUGACAACACUGCUACAUCUGACAACAGUGCAACAUCUGACAACAGUGCUACAUAUGACAUCAGUGCUACAUCUGAUAACAGUGCAACAUCUGACAACAGUGCUACAUCUGAUAACAGUGCUACAUCUGAUAACAGUGCAACAUCUGACAACAGUGCAACAUCUGACAACAAUGCUACAUCUGACAACAGUGCAACAUCUGACAACAGUGCUACAUCUGAUAACAGUGCUACAUCUGAUAACAGUGCAACAUCUGACAACAGUGCUACAUCUGACAACAGUGCUACAUCUGACAACAGUGCAACAUCUGACAACAGUGCUACAUCUGAUAACAGUGCUACAUCUGAUAACAGUGCUACAUCUGACAAACAGUGCAACAUCUGA